CGAGUGCGAGCCGAUUCAGGACCAGACCAGACCAGACCAGCACUGGAGACUGGAGCAGGUUCAGAACUUCAGAUACAUCCAGGAGCCAGUGUGUGCCCAGGACUUGCCAACAGGCAGCAGGUGGAGUCACUUAGAGAACCUGGAGGCGGUGGAGACUUAACUGUUAAAUUGACAAGAGUGGUGGAUCUGAGCCUCGUGACCAUGGCAGGGAUGACAUUAAAUGAUUACCUGCAAAGGGUCCAAGGAUGUUUUUAUCACCAAAAUGGAGAUGGCCUUGCGGAUCUCAUUUCCUUUCGGGACCCACAUGUUAUGAGCUCACGGUUGAUGCUGGAGAAGCCAGAGCGAGAUGUGGAGCGGUGUGUAGACCCAUCAUUGGCUGAAUUUAUUGCUGGACACCUUAGGGCAGUGUGGGCUGCUGGGUCUGGGGACUGUGUUGAAGCCUGGAAAACUCAGAUGGUGAUAGUACAAGCAGUUGCCCGUUUCAUGCAGGAGCUAAAGGAAGAGAGGUGGAUGCUGCCAAUCAUGUAUACUGCUUGUCUUGAUUUAAGGUUAUUUGCAUUGGCAGCAGAUUAUGAGCUAACACGUUCAGGAACAAGCAAGGCUGGGGAAACCUUGGAAAAGUCAGCUGAAGCCCUCAUGUCUUGCUUUCGUGUGUGUGCUGCAGAUACACGUACUGGUGAAGACUGCACUAAGCGAUGGGGUCUUCUGUACCUGGUUAAUCAGUUUUUCAAGAUAUACUUCAAAAUCAACAAACUCAACUUGUGUAAACCAAUGAUACGAGCUAUUGAGGCUCUUUCUUUUAAAGAUCGGUUUUCUCUGUCUCAGCUAAUCACAUAUAAAUACUACACAGGCAGAAAAGACAUGUUUGAUUCAGAUUUCAAGUCAGCUGAUUCAACAUUGUCAUUCGCUUUCCAAAGGUGCCACAUUGGCAGUCGGAAAAACAAAAGGCGCAUUCUUAUCUACUUGAUUCCUGUAAAAAUGCUACGGGGAUAUUUACCGAAACAAUCAGUGCUGGAAAGAUACAACCUGUCAGAAUUCCAUGAUGUAGUUGCAUCUGUUCGCCAGGGAAAUGUCAGGCUUCUUUCAGAGACACUAGCAAAACAUGAAAGCUUCUUCAUAGGAGCAGGAAUCUACUUGAUUCUUGAGAAAUUAAAGAUUUUGGCAUUCAGAAACCUCUUCAAGAAAGUUUAUCACAUCAGUGGCACACACCAGAUUGAGGUUGCCAUGUUCUUGCAAUCUCUCAAGUGGAUGUGUGUAGAGGACGUCGACCUAGAUGAAACAGAAUGCAUCUUGGCCAACAUGAUCAACGACGGUCGCAUGAAGGGUUACAUCUCCCAUGCUCACCGUAAAGUGGUCGUCAGCAAAAAAGAUGCCUUCCCUCCUCUCACAGCUUGCUGAUCAUAUUGCUGGUAUAUUCAACAGUAAACCUGACAACAAAGGAAUUGGUUAAGAGUGUUUUUGUCAAGAGAUUUUUUGUAGAUUAUUUUUGUAUUCAUCAGAAUUUCUUGGUAUGUUUUUUUAUUAUCAUGUGGACAUCAUACACAUUUGAAAUGUACUGUACAAAUAAUUGUGUAUAAUGUAAAUGGUGAAAUUUGCAUUGACCAGUUUGCCUGAAAUGUAAAUUAUUUUUCUUGUAAUUUAAUUUGGGUCUGAGCAGAAAUCUUUUUAUGUAAGAAUCAGCACCAGAUGUGCUUUUAUAAUUUUAAUUCCUACUCAACUAUGUGUUAUGUUUGUAUGCUUUACAGAAUAUUGCUGUUUUAUCAUGUUUAUUAUAAUUACAUAUAAGCCAUCA